ACAGAACAACGACCAGAAACCAUAUGAUACUUCUCCAAUCCAUCUCACGCUCUUCUCCUGUCAAAGUACUAUCACGUGUCCGAGGAAAAGGAAUCUGGAAGCCAAUAUCAGAUUCCUCUAAGUUCUAUCGCAAGUAUCCCCAGUAUCAUAGCACAGCACCGUGCAAAAUGCCUUCCGUCAACAUCAACGGCAAGUCCAUCUUCUACACGGACAGCCCUCAAGAAGACAAUGGAUCUCCCAGGGUGACCACGGUGCUCAUCCACGGUCUGGGCUCCUCCUCGUGCUUCUACCACCCCAUCAUCCCCAAGCUACAGCCCGUCUCCCGCUGCUUAGCUCUCGACACUCCGGGCUCCGGGCUCUCAACCCUCGGAGCCACAGAGCAGAGCAUAACCACCAUCGCCGACGACAUCCUGGCGUUCCUCGACGCUGUGGAUGUCAAGGGUGAGGUCGUCGUCGUCGGCCACUCUAUGGGCGGCAUCCUGGCCAGUCGUCUCGCUGCCACGAAGCCGGAGCGCGUCCGCGGCGUCGUCCUCGUCGGCCCUGUGAACCCCAGCGCUGGGGCCGCGAAAGCAUUCGAGGAUCGGAUUGCUGCUGUGAAGAAAGAUGGACUUGAGAAUCUAGCAGCGACCAUUCCCAGCGCCGCUACAGGACAGAAAGCCGGUCCUCUGCAGCGCGCAUUCGUGCGCGCUCUGAUCCUAGGCACUUCACCAGAGGGCUACAUCUCCCUGUGCAACGUGAUCGCCAAGGCCGAGAGGCCAGACUACGAGACCAUCAAGGCGCCGGUCUUGCUCCUCGCGGGCGGGGACGACAAGACGUCGCCUAUCACCGGCUGCGAGGCUAUCCUGGAAGCGUACGGGACGAGCAAGGAGAAGAAGGAACUUAAGCUGUUGGAGGGCGUCGGCCAUUGGCAUUGUGUAGAGGCGCCGGAAGAGGUGGGACGUCUCGCGGCGCAGUUUAUCAAAAGUAUUGCGUGAGCUGUAGAUUUAUGAAAUAUGUAUCAGACUUACUUCCCUACCUUACCUUGCUUCUAUAUCCACUUUGACCUCCU